AUGUCUGUGGCUGAGGCGUCAGCAGCAGACAACACCCGGCGCGCUAUCGAGCGCGGCGGCAUCACCGCCGCGCAGAAAGCGCUGGAAAGAACGAAGGAGGAGCUGGCCGAAAGUAGGAAAAGUGAGGAAGAGAGCAAAGCUGGUUGCAGCAUGGCUCNCUACAACCCAUUCAACCAAAACAUGUACGAACAAGUGGUUGAUGUGUUUUUAAAAGAAAAAAACUCCGCUGCCGCCGCUGCUGCUGCUACUUCUCCUCUCCUCGUGUUCCAGACGAAGAGAGCCAAGGCGCGUGUUGAGAAGGUCAACGCUAACGAACCGGAGGAGGAACCGGAGCAAGCGGCACCUGGGGAGGAGAAGGGAGAGGGUGGUGGGGAGUUGCUCUCUGCAGAGGACGAGAAGAAGGUGCUGAUGCGCGCCAUCAAAAAGAGGCUCAAACCCGGCGGAAAAUUUGGUGAGACUGCUGCACGGCUGUUUAAGAGCUUCGUGGAAGGGGGGGUGUCUCUCAACAUGACUCCGCAGCUACUUCAGUCUACCGUAUUCCACGCCACGGGUGUAAAAUUGAAGCAAGAUCUCAACAUCACGUGUGCGCGCAACACGGUAAAGGUUCUUGCUUUCGGCAUUACGCAGCUCGAUGGCGAGGAGUUGGUCGAAGCAGUUCUCAGGGCGCCCUUUUUGUUGAUUGCGGGUGACGAGUCGCUCCGCAACGGGGACAAGAAGUUCCCUGUCUUCGUCGCUUUUCACGACGUGGAGGCGGACGCGCCGUGGUUUGGCCUGUUGCGCGUAUGCAGCAUGAAAGACAAAACGGCAGAAACGCAGGCUCAGCUGUUUUACGAAACGAUCGUCGACACGCUUGGCUACCCAAAACACCAGGUGCUCUUCGUCUUGAGUGAUAACACCGCAUCUGUUUCCUCCGAGGGGAAGGGUCGUGUGAAGCUGUUGCAGAGGAAGCUACGGGGUGAGGAAACCACCAAGAAAUCNGUGGCUCAGCUGUUCUACGAAACGAUCGUCGACACGCCUGGUUACCCAAAACACCAGGUGCUCUUCGUCUUGAGUGAUAACACCGCAUCUGUUUCCUCCGAGGGGAAGGGUCGUGUGAAGCUGUUGCAGAGGAAGCUACGGGGUGAGGAAACCACCAAGAAAUCCACCAAAAGAGCUACAGGGGGAGCCAGCAGCAAUAGUGGUCGUGGUGUUCAGCCACGAAACGCACCGGCGGCGGCGGGGCGGGCGGGCGGGGUGGGGCCGCGGGCAAACAAACGCCAAAAAGCCAGCGGCGGCGGCGGCGCCGCCCCCCCCGAGGGAACGGACAAAAGGCAACGCAAAGGGAAAGGCGAAGGGGGGGAGACAGGGAAAGGGAAAGGGAAAGGGAAAGCAACGGCGCCGCCUCCUCCAGCAGCCACCAGGACGAGUGGUCGCCAAAGGACGCAGUCAUUUAGAGCCAAGGAGGGGGAUGGGGGGGGCAGCUCGGAAGAGAGCGGGUGUGAGAGCUAAAUAAUUUCAGAAAUGGUGUGCAGCUUUCAGUCGUUUGGUACGUGAGCUCUGCGAAGAUGCUCUCGUGUCUAGCUGCAACGUUAUGUCAUAUGUUGGAUGCGUUGUGUGAUGUGGAGCUCGCAUGGUAGUGGGGGGGAUUGUUUUCGUUGGUUUCCUUCGAGUUGGCGUGAGGUGUUUGACGUUUGGUUGGAGUUAAACGACAAUAAGCGCGAUUUUUGGUGCGUCCUCUUGCGUGUGAGCACGCACGACUACACGAAUGUUAAAAAGCAUGAUGGUGUGAGAGACAACAUACGGUCGGUACCCGACCUUGUCGGUGCAGCCGCCUGAGCUGCAGUCUUCGCUUGUACACAUGGUGCACACGGAGAGGCAGAGUGAAACAUGAUUUGCGGCUUGAUUUUGUUCAAAGUUGCAAAAUCC